GGCCUUGGAGGCGCGACAGUAUCAACCCCAACAUAUUCGCCUUCUUCCCUGUCCUUUUUGCACCCGGUCGACUUCUUGACUGAAGUCCUUUUCCUGUACUACUAAUCGAUAUGUUGUCUCGUUCCGUGGCCCGAUUGCAGCAUCCUGGCUUGAGGAUAGCUUCAACGCAAACGCCACGAAUAGCGUCAUCUGUAUGGACUCGAUCCAUGGCGCGCAACAACAAGCCAAACAACCAGAACAAACCGCAAGGAUCGACAGCAAAAUCUGGGCAUCAACCACGUCCGCCUCCGCCGCCGGCUGGCGCAUUCAAAACACCACAGAGUAGCCAUAGAGGGGGGGAAGUAGCUGCGGGGGGAGCACCUAAUGCCACUUCCAAAACAGACGCAGAAUCCGCGUACUCAGAAAAACAAGAAGAAUUCGAGACCGUAGCCACUCCUUCCGAAUCGCAGUCUGCCAUUGAUGCAGCAGAGACCGAGGCGCAUCAACGACCUCUUCCAGAUCUGACCCAGGGCAUUCCCUCCACUCUGGAGUAUGAGACCAUUGAUAGCACCGGCAAAAAGAACCUCCCAGCAUUCGACUUGACGGAAGCUUCAGAAGAUGGGCCAGGUGGACGGGGCCGGGGAGAGCUACCAGCAUCUGCAUACAUGACCUCUGCCGAGAAGAAGCGCUUGAGAAUGGCCAACUACAUGUACGCCGCAUUUGCGGCUGCCGUCGUUGCGGGGACUGUGUACUUGGGGAGGAAUUGGGAUACAGAGGAAGAGGCAGUCAAGCACGCAACCGAGGCCCCUUCAGGGUGGAGUCUGGUUCUGAUGUGGGCUCGUGCGAGGGCUCGUCUUUCCGACCAACUCAAUUACUACAGCGAACCCGCAUUCCCAAAACUCCUUCCUGAUCCCGACCCAGUGUUCGAAAGACCAUACACAUUGGUGUUAAGUUUGGAAGAUCUCUUGAUUCACAGUGAAUGGACUCGGGAGCAUGGGUGGAGAAUGGCAAAACGUCCUGGAGUUGAUUAUUUCCUGCGUUAUCUGAGCCAGUAUUUCGAGAUAGUUGUUUGGACGAGUCAACCAAUGGGAAUGGCCGAGCAGGUUGUCCGAAAAUUUGAUCCAUUCCAUAUAAUUACGUGGCCACUCUUCCGUGAAGCCACACUUUAUGAGAAUGGAGAAUAUAUCAAGGUAUGAAGUACGUUUUCUCAAAUUUGGAUCUGUAGCUAAUCUAACCAGGAUAUCUCGUAUCUCAAUCGUGAUCUUUCAAAAGUAAUUGUCGUCGACACUAAAGCCGCACACGUCAAGAAUCAACCUGAAAAUGCUAUAGUACUCAAGCCAUGGCAAGGACAAGUCGGGGACAAAGAUCUUGUCGGCUUAAUCCCAUUCCUUGAAUACAUCCACACAAUGAACUACCAAGACGUCCGCAAAGCCCUCAAGUCCUUCGAGGGUAAACACAUCCCCACCGAAUUUGCCAGACGUGAAGCCAUCGCGCGACAAAAAUUCCAGCUGGAGCUCGCCGAGGAGCGAAAAAAGCGACCCAAGCACAGUGGUGCAGGAUUCCUCGCCAGCGCAUUGGGAAUCAAGCCCGCUGGGGCCAUGAUGAUGGAUCCUAACGACAUUACCCCCGCCGAAGCCUUUGCGCAAGGGAAGAUGCUUCAGGAUCUGGCGAGGGAACGCGGACAGCGGAAUUACGAGGCGCUGGAAAAGGAGAUCCGGGAGAAUGGGGAGAAGUGGUUAAAAGAGGAGGCGGCGCAGGAGGAGAAGAUGCGAGAGGAGGGCAUGAAACAGAUGAAGACUGGUUUCUUGGGAUACUUCGGGGGUGCUUCUCCUGAAGCGUCAAAGUAAUUGUGUUUUGGGAGGUUCUACAAGUAACAACUUACUAAUUCUCAGAAACGGAUGAAUGGGGGUUUGCUUGGAAGGGGGUUUGCUUGGAAGGGGGUUUGCUUUGGAGGGGGCUUGUGUAUAUUACUUUACUUCUCUCUCUCACCGUUUGGGAAGGAAGGGAUGCCCUUCUGUAUUUGGAGCGUCUUUUCAGUCUGUCAGCGAGCUGGGAAUCUUUUUCUCUUGGGUCUUGGAACUGCGGAUAUUCUCUCUUCUCUACACAAAAGGACAGGACGGUUGGGUUUCGAUUUUUUGAUGCAGCCGGCGUAGGGGCGUUGGAUGGUUGAUUGCAUGGAUGACUGGAGGGGUUUGCUUGUAGGUAUAGAGAGGAAAGGAGGGGUGUAUGAUAAUAUGAUAUUGUGUUUAUGAUAAUACUUUUUUCGAAAAUUUUGACUUCUCCG